AUGCCGCGAGAGCUCGUCAGCGCAGGCCCGAGGUCCGGCGGCCUUGCGCUUGAGGACUGGCUGAAGCUGUACUGGAGGCCCGGCAAUUACAAUUCAGGCCGCUGCGCCGAGUUCCAGUUUUCCGGCCGCAAGCCCAACGGCGACCUGCUCUACAAGCUCGUGGCCAUCACGGACGACUACAGGGGGCGCAAGGCAAGCAUUUACCGCGCACCGCUGCAGAGAGGGCGGCUGUGCGCCUCCAUCUGCCUGCUGGAGCCGCCGCAUGAGGUCGAUCUUGCGGCAGUGUGUGUGAAGCAGGACGACGACACGGUGUACUACGACGAGCAGAGGCUGGGCGUUGGCGCUGGCUGGGACGUCACCCUCGACGCCGAUUACGCCCGCAUCCAAAACUGCGCCUUCGCCGCCGCCGGCCCCGGCAUCGGCCGUUCCGAGGCGGUGGACAACCUCGAUGUCGCGCUGAGCGUGCUGCGGGUGCACCAGACGUUCCUCCGCACCCAGCCCCAGCUGCAGCGGCUGACGCGCAUCGUGCACGAGGCCCCGAAGAUGCGGGACACGAUGCAGAAGUACAUCGCCUGCAUCGCGUCGGCUGGGGCGCACGAGUUUGACGCUGCCCAGCUUGAGACAAUGUUCAACACCGCGGUGGAGCGCAACAUGAGGCACAGCGGGCGCGGCGCCAUCGGCGACCCCCCGGGCGACGUCCGCGCGCUGUUUGGAUUCCUGGUGAUGAUGCCACUUGUAAAGCGCCACUACACCCCAGAGUGCGACCCCUGGACGCUGGCUCCCACCAUAUACGACGCAUUCCUGUCCACAAUUAACGCCCUGCCCAUGGAUGACUACCACAAGUGUGUGGUGCAAAUGGGCAAAGUCUUCGGCAGCGUCGCGCGCCGCGGCGCUGGCCGCGCGCUGCGCACGCUGAGGACGGAGCGGCGUGCCACGCGUCACUCGGCGUCGUACAGCGACCGCGUGGGUUGGCUGCAGGCCGGAGAGGGGGUGCGCUGCAGGAGGGUCGCCAGCGGCGAUAACGGCGACGACGGGGACGAGGCGGUGCGGGUGAUUGGCGAAAGUUUGGAGCGCUGGAGCAGCGUCAGCUUCUCGGCAGCCGCGCUCGAGGGCGGCGGCGCGCUGACGCUGCGGUUCGCGCCGACGCACCCGGCCGAGGGCCGCGCCAAGCUCUCGCUCGGCCGCGGCGGGCGCGUCUGGCUGGACACUUACGCAGCGGCGCCGGUGGUGGUUUCCAGGGGCGGCGGCGGCGGCGGCGACGGCGGGGACGGCGGGUCGCUGGUGGUGUCGUGUGCCGGGCACGACACCUGGCACCUGCCGCUGCGCGACGCCGCGCGCGCGCCGCUGGUGCUGGCCUUCCGCCACGCUAUCAUGGAGGUCACCCUGCAGGCGGCCGGCGGCGCGGCCGCCGCGGCCUCGCGGGCGGCGCUGCGGGCGGCGCGGGCGUACAACAGUGAACCGAGUGACGUGUGCAUCAUUUGUCUGGAUGAUCUGGUCGGCGGGGAGAGCAGGGCGGUGCUGCGCUGCCGCCACCAGUUCCAUGCGGACUGCAUUGCGGAGUGGCGGCGGCGAAGCGGCGCGUGCCCGCUGUGCAACCAGUCGUGCGGGUGA